AUGUCAGACACAAAGCAAAAAGGUUUAAAACAAGACGACUUUAGAAAACUUUUACAAACACCAAGACCUAGUGAUACACCAGCAAAAGGAAUUCUUGGAGUAGCUACACCAAAAUAUAGAGCAAUUCAAGCACAAACACCGAAAGCAAGUAGUAAUUCUUUUGCUAAAUCUGAAAUAUUACCGCCACCUUCGAAAACAAAAAGAAGUAGGUUCAAAAAGCCAGAGAUUUCCGUCGAAACAAUCAAUGAAAAAUAUCGAGACCGUGCAGCUGAACGCCGUAAAGGAGAUAAUCCAGAUUAUAAAGAUACAGAACAAAUUCUUGAGGCUCUCAAUAAUAAUGAAACAUUAGAAGCAAAAUUAGCAUAUGAACAAUCAAAAUAUCUUGGAGGAGAUGCUGAACAUACGCAUUUAGUUAAAGGUCUAGAUUACGCAUUGCUUACCAAAUUAAGAAAUGAAAUGUACAAGGGAGAAAACGAAGUAAUAGAAGAGGAAAGCGAAAUGAACUUAUUACAACAAAUUCAAGAGGAAUCUGAAGAUACUCCUAGAAUAAAAAGUAAAUUAGCACAAAAUAUUUAUGAUGCUGUUAUUGUCGAAGGCAGAAAAAUCCCACCAAAAUACAAUGAACUAUUUGUAGCAGGUAGGAUGGCCUAUGUUUUUGAAUUAGCAGAUGAAAAUGGGAAUUAUGGUGAUCCAUUUGCAAUACCGACUACAAUUAUUCGUAGCAAAGCAGAUGUGGGAGAUGCUAGUGGCGCAGAUAAGUCUACAAAUGAUUUAGUUAUAGAGAAAAUAUCACGAGUUAUGGCAAUUGUGAGAAAAGAAGUAAAAAUGGUAAAGCUUGCAGCCAUUGAUGAUUCAGAAGAUAUAUUUGCAGAUGCAGGAAGGGACUAUAAAGUACUAGUUAAUAACGAAGAUAGUUCAAUUAACAAAAAAGAAGAUGCGGACACCCUGUCUUAUCCUAAAUCACCGUCAUCAUUUAGUGAAAACAUUAAAAAUGAUUAUUUUGAUAAAGAACAGGAUUUGAUGGAAAUCGAUCAAAAAGAAGAGGUACAAAACCUCAAGUCUUUGAUAGAUAACGCAACAUCUGUAAUUCAAAACAAUGAUAAUAAUAACUUAUUGAAGAAUGAAAUAAUUACUGAAAAUAAACCAUCUAAGAGCGAAAUUAUCAAAAAGAAAUUUUUUGGUCAAGAUAGUUAUGAUGGAGAUUAUUCAACAUACGGACUUGGGAUAAGUAGUCUAGGUGGCGCAAGAGAAAGUGCAUAUGACUCUGGUCACUCGGAUUCUGAUUCUGAUGGUACAGGAAUUGAACAUACAAUUAGAGAUCAAGGAGUUACCAAGAAUAAAAAAGCCCAACUUUCGAGAUGGGACUUUGACACGGAAGAAGAGUGGCAAGCCUACAAGGACAAUGUGACAGCAAUGCCUAAAUCAGCAUUUCAAUUUGGAGUUAAGACAGGAGAUGGUCGUAAAACUCGUAGAAGUGGGAAGGAGUUGACAGAAAAGCAAAAAUUAGACAGAGAUUGGCAAAAAAUUAGCAAAAUCAUGGAAAAAAAGUAUGGAUCAAAUGAUGGUAUAGAGGAAG